AAGAAAGUCAUCCAUUUCAUUUCUUCUGCUCUUUCUCUGGUCUCUGGCUUCCUUCGUACGGGAGAACUCAAUCUUGUCCAUUUCCGUUUGGGUUUUCUCUCUUCGAUCUCUCUUCUUUCCUUCGUUUUCUGAGACUCUAUCAUCCCAACUCGCGUGGUUAAAGUCAAGCCCUCUUCUUGAUGUAAGUGUAUCCGUGUCUUCUUAAGCUUUUGCUUCUGUACUUUUCUGAUUUUAGGGUUUGUUGAGGUUUUCACUCUUUUUCGCUCUUUUUUUGUAAGAUCAGUGACGAGUUCACGAAUAUUCUGUGAGAUUUGACUUAGAAGCUGGUUUCAGUGAUUUCGAAAAUUUUGGUCUUUUUUUUUUACACUUUUUUGUUUCUGGAGUUUAUUUGUAUCUUGUGGGUGUUUUGCUCUCUGUGCGUGUCUCUUUUUAUUUUUUUUGACAAAUUCGCUUUGAAUUUUUUCUUGCCUGUGUUUGAUAUGCAAGGCUUAUGCUGCAGCUUAUGGUUCUAAUCCGAAAUUUUAUUUUAUUUAUUUUUCUAAAAUUUUUAAUUGUUCUUUUGGAAAGUGGUUUGUGUUCCAGAGAAGUCUUAGUGUGCCCUGAUUUGCACAAGAGCAUACUGAUAAAUCUGGUACUUGAGGGUUUACAAUUGCAAUUUUUUUUUGGUAGAGCGUUCUGUGUGUUUAAUUGUUUUUCCUUUUUCUUCAACAGUUUGUUUCACAUGCAUUUUGAUUACAAGUUUUGAAAAAACUGAUGUUGGGGUAACUGACGCGUUUUUUGCUGGGUGAUGUUUACUAGACCAGCUUUUCCGCGUCUUUUGUCAUAAAUCCAGCAAUUAUAGUAGGGAGGUCUUAAGUUGUUUUAUAUUUAUUUUUUUUUGGUUGGUGCAGUUGAUAAUGAGACAAAUGCUAACAUGGAGGUUACUUUUUUGCGGUAAUUGAAAUUUGUAAAUCCAAAUGCUAAAUUCUUUUGUGGGCUUAUCUUGGUUUUAGGGUUUUGUUCAGGUAGUUUAAUUUACAAUUUCUGAUGCUGAAAAAAUAACAAGGCUUGGAGGCUUUUCUCUUCUGUGUGGAAAAUGUUGGAAGGAGGUGCAAAAUUCCCGGGAAUAAUAGAUCUCAACAAGCAUAAUAACAACUAUUAUGAUUUCUCUCAAGGCUUUUACCAUAAGCUUGGGGAGGGUACUAAUAUGUCAAUUGACAGCGUUGGGAGCUUACAGACAAGUAAUGGUGGGGGAUCUGUUGCGAUGUCUAUUGAUAAUAGCAGUGUUGGCUCCAACGAUUCCCAUACUCGCAUGUUGGACCACCAAGGGUUGAGGAGGCGUGCCAAUGAUAACUACUCUGUUGCACAUAGUGCUAAUCGCCGGGGAAGAGUCACACAUGCUUUGAGUGACGAUGCUUUAGCUCAAGCUCUAAUGGACAAUAGUUCUCCGACUGAGGGGCUUGACAAUUUUGAUGAGUGGACAAUUGAUUUGAGGAAACUUAAUAUGGGUGAGCCUUUUGCUCAAGGAGCUUUUGGGAAACUCUACAGAGGUACCUACAAUGGUGAAGAUGUUGCUAUCAAGAUCUUGGAGAGGCCUGAAAACGAUCCAGCAAAAGCUCAAUUGAUGGAACAACAGUUUCAGCAGGAGGUCAUGAUGCUGGCUACACUCAAGCAUCCUAACAUUGUUCGGUUCAUCGGUGCAUGCCGCAAGCCAAUGGUCUGGUGCAUUGUAACUGAGUAUGCAAAAGGUGGUUCAGUUCGACAAUUUUUAAUGAAGCGUCAAAACCGUUCAGUUCCCCUCAAAUUGGCUGUCAAACAAGCUUUGGAUGUUGCAAGGGGGAUGGCAUAUGUUCAUGGCCUUGGAUUGAUCCACAGGGACUUGAAGUCUGAUAAUCUUUUGAUUUUUGGUGACAAGUCAAUUAAAAUUGCUGACUUUGGAGUUGCCCGCAUUGAGGUACAAACUGAAGGAAUGACACCUGAGACUGGAACAUACCGUUGGAUGGCUCCGGAGAUGAUUCAACACAGGCCAUACACACAGAAGGUGGAUGUAUAUAGCUUUGGGAUUGUUCUGUGGGAACUCAUCACUGGUAUGCUUCCAUUUCAGAACAUGACAGCAGUACAGGCCGCAUUUGCUGUUGUCAACAAAAAUGUUCGCCCAAUCAUACCCAAUGAUUGCCUACCUGUUCUCCGUGAGAUCAUGACAAGAUGCUGGGAUCCCAACCCUGAUGUUAGGCCACCAUUUGCUGAAAUUGUAGGAAUGCUUGAGAAUGCGGAGACUGAGAUCAUGACAACAGUUCGGAAGGCCCGAUUCAGGUGUUGCAUGACUCAACCAAUGACUGCUGACUGAUCCUGGGAAAGUAAAUGAAAAGAAGUCAUAAAAACAUAGACUGCAAAAUUUGGGGGCAAGAUGAGACUCUGGUAGUGAAGGGUGACUAUAUAAUAGCUUUGUGUAUUUGUGUGUUUUAUUUCUUUCUUCUGAAGAAAAAAAAUGAAAAUCGUAUCUGGAGACUUUUUGCUUCUUCGGUUUCUGUUUACUGGAUGUCUGUUCUGAAUUAGUAAAGAGGAGAUGGUGUAUGUAAUACAUGCAUGCAUUACAGUUAUGUAUAGCUUCUGAAGGCAAGUUGAAAUGAGAUCAUGGGCGAAAACUUUUGCUGUAUAUUUACGCUUGCACAACAAUUACCCCGGGGACUGACCUACUCCUAGGGUUUGGAUCUGUGGGGCUUAAGUUCAGGUAGUAAAAGAAAUUUGAUUUCAUUGAUUUUUACUAUGACCCUAAAUAACCAGAGAAAAU